AUGCCUAAUAAAAAGCGUGGCUCACGACGACGUGCGAACUUCAAUGUUCACUCGGGUGAAAUGCUAGCCUUCGAAGCAGCAGAAAGCAGAAUUGAGGCACGACAGCAAGUACACGGACCUCCGCAACCGAAUACGGAUCGUAUUGCGGUCAUAUAUUAUAUAGGACCAAACAGAAAGGACGAGGCUGGCGUUUGCACUUAUGCGGUUCUUUGCCCAAAAGAGGAUGAUACGUUUUCGAUACAUGUUGGUACCUACACUGCUGGAAGAUGGGUAAAGCCGCUGUUUCAUCAAUUGCUGGUUAUCAACCAACGCGAAACGGAAGCUGGUGCGAAGCGUGAUGAACUGGUCACAGCAAUGAUCGCUCAAGUACACGAUGUAAUGGAUCAGAGGUCUGCGCCUGUCUACGCAGAAGAAGCUGACCGAGACCAUAAAUGGCUGAGCAAAGCGAAUAAAACGGUGAAAACUUAUGCGUAUCAGGCUAGAGAUGAAAGGAUGAACCAAAGACCUGUUCAACUCCAAGUCAUUGUAUCCGAAGUCAUACAUUCACCGGAUCCGUUAAAAGUUGCAGGUCGUCCGUUACUACCUCCAUCCCUAGAUCCCGAAACUCUAGUUGAGUUAAACGAUGGAGUAUCGACUAGCUUCCAACGACUACUGCCGGUAGCAUCACAAUCAGCAGCAAAUGAUAAUCGAUCACAACAACAAAAAGAUCUUAUAUCUGGUACCAUCGAAAGUCAGUACAUCAGCCGUAAAACGCGCAGACUACUGAAACGUGUGUAUGCUGGGCCGGAAGAGACUGUUGAGGACCUACCCAGAAGGAAUGGGGUUGAAACGCGAACACGGAAACGCGCCAAAAGGCAACAUGAAGGAUUUGAAAACACCAGACAAGAAGAAGGACUGCCAAGGCCGACAUUAAGCGACAGCGUACAAGAUGGCGAUAAAGACGAUGAUACAGAAAUGUUUGCGGAUGCAAUCGAGUUACAGGAAGAGUCAAACGAGUGCCAUCAAGAAGAAAAACAAGGCUGGCUAGGUUGGAUUGGCAAAGCCAUCAACCGGUUUACUUCUUCUAGCCGCUAA